UUUAUCUUAAAUUUCAGUUCGUAACAGACAGUUGCUAAGGGAAAGCGAAAUUAAAAACAAAAACAUCUCCCUUUGUUUCUGCUUGAAUAAGCUUUGGUCCGGAAUUGAAACGGCAACACAUCACUGUGUUAUGGACUUAGAUAAUGUCCGAUUCUGAGCAUAAACUGAUGGCCCUGAAGAGGGCCUAUGCGGAUAUAAUUUUAAACACGGCGAAAGAGGCGGCGGCAAGGAUAAUGGUGUCGGAGAGGAAAGCGAUGAGGUAUCAUAGGGAGCUGUUUGCAGCGAAAGAAAACUCGUUGCGUAUGCUGCUCAGGCUUAAGGAAAUGCUAGAUACUAAGGUUAAAGAAGCACAGGUGGCAGCCUUUUGUCAACAAAGAAAGAUAGACGAACUUGAAGCACAACUUGGUGAAGCAGAAGAUAUAGUGAAAGACCUUAGAACAGAAUUGAAAGAAGCACAAGAUGAAUUGGAGCGAGCUACAAACAAUCAAAUGCGGCUUUUGGAUAAACAGAAUUCCUAUGGUGAUAUUGCUACUAUGAUGACAGCAUCACUGGACAACGGACUCAAUACUUCUGGGACUGUGGUGUCUUCUCUACCUGAUGCAAUAUCUGAAUUGGUUGUGACUUCUGAUCUGAGGAAUUCACCUUUGAAGAUGACAUUUGAACAGAACCAAUGUUAUGGUGAAAACGGUUCUCAUAAAGAUAAUUGUUAUUUUUGCAACUCUGACUUUGCCUCCAUAGUUAUGAGAAGAAAAGAACCUAAACUUUACAGGAAUGGGUGCACUCAGAGAAUUCAUGCAUUUAAAAGGAACCUCUUAGAUGGAAAUCAGUCUCUUCCUCCGCAAGUUGAUGAUGUAAGAAAUGGAACCUGUAUUGGAGAAGAAGAAGAAGCAUGCAAAAACCUUGAAGCUGGGGCAGAUAAAUUAUAUGGAGUAGGGAAUAAUCCAGAUGAAUUCAAAGUAAUGGGGGGAAAUAGCAACAGCAUUUCAGUUCAUGCGUUGAAGUCCUUUCGCUGGAAAAGAAAAAGGGCUGCUAGAUAUAAGAAAAGAAAAGGUUUCUUUAGGAAUUUUCCACAUGUGGUCAUAGAAACAACUCAAGAAUAUGGUCUUUCCUGCCCCAGGAAUUUCCCUGAUGCAGUUAAUGAUGAUGUCCAACUUGAGGACUCUAAGAUAUUUGAAACUAAACUUGAGAAGGAUUCGGAAUCUUUGUUGACCUUGCAAUUACCGUCAGAUAAUACUAAUGUGAUUCUUCAGACAGGACGUGCAGAAAUUAUUGAAAGUGAUUUGGAGUUCCACAAUGCUUGUGCUAUUCAAACUGUGACAAAAAAUGAUGACUUAUUGAUAGAUACAUUGGAGUUGGCAAGACAGCAAUGUGGAUCUGUUGAGAGUUCUGAGGUUCCAGCUUGCAGUGCAGAUGUUCAAGCUGUUAAUAUUUGUUCAGUAAAUACAGAUGUUAAAGCAUCUAAUCUAACUGAAGGGAUUCCUACUCAAUCUUUAAAUGAUAAAUUUUUGAAGUACACAUUCCAAAGGAAGCGGAAGAAGGAGUCUUCAAGUGGUUAUGAUGGGAAUUCUUCUGCUGAAGAAAGCAUUGUGAAGACAAAGUUGGGGGAGAAGCAAAUUGGUGCUUUGGAGUCACAGAAGUCAACUGAAUCAUCUCAAGAUAGUUGACGACUACGCAGGUUGCUUGUCAGCUUUUGAUUAUUCCCACAAAGCUAUGUUCGAAGUUCCUUGCUUACAGAAUCCACAUCUUCUGCUUGCAUCACUGUCCAAAAAGAAGUGCUGUAUUUGCCUGAAUGGAGCACAGAAUUGACCCGACUGGAGAUGGUGUAUCAGCAAACAUUCCUGAUGAACAGGGGGCAGAGCUAUAAAUUCCCAACUUUGUGACAUAUAGACAUUAUAUAUUCAUCAAGAAAUCAAAAUUGUUGUACUUCCCUGAUGCCGCUUUAUCUUAUAUUUAUAAGUUGUCGAAUGAAAAUAUUUGGGGCAGAUCCAUUCCAUGAAAUGAGUUAUUUUCUAGUAUCCAUAUAUAUAAUACAUGACUACGAACUCUUCCAUUUCUUGGUUCUGAGAUCAGUUCACAAGGUCUUCAAAUUUCUUGCCAUUACAACGUUGAGAACUUGUAUAUACUCAAUGCUGCCAGUUGUUAUUUUCAAUUGCUUGCACCAUCAACUGAUCAAUUCAAGACUUUGAUUCAGUUAUUCUUAUUUGUAACUGGAGUUUGAGCCUACAACUCUCCAUCUCAUCAAGCUUGAAAUUUUUAUAAACAUAAUCAAACCAAGUUUGAGCCAAACAAUACUCUAUUUGGUCUGAUUUGAUUGCAGCCCUACUUGAAACAUAUCAUUUUAAGUUUACAUUGGGACAGUAAUAUAUAAGAUCUUGGUGAAGAUGAUCAACUCCUUGACCAGGUGGCGGAGGGAGGGGGUGGCCAAGAAUGAAAAUUUUUAACUAUACUGACCCCCUAUAUAAUUUUAAUGUUUUCCUUAACCCCCUAAUUUUUAUUUCUACCUUCGCAAUUGCCGAUGUGUCGAGUUAGGAACAGAACCCAACAAAACAGGUGUUAUAUAUAAUAUCUGUAAGGGACAAAAAUACAAUCUUGACCUGGAACCAAAAACUUAUAAAAACCCUUUUGGUUUUUGGUUGCGGGUUGAGAGUGAGAGGUUGAAGUGAAGAUGGGAGUGGCAAGCAAAGCAGGGGAUUUGGUAUUCAAAGCCUUCACAGCUGGUCUGGGUGUCGCCACUAUUUAUCUCACCGCUACUUUCUCUGUUAAUGUCUACAGAGGCCUCGCUUGGCAUAACGCUCAAUCGAAACUUGAGAAGCCCAACUCCAGUGAGCAAUCCCCUUGAGUUUUUGCUGCAAUGGGAAGUUAGAAGAGGUUACAUGUUUUGCCUCAUGAAAUUAAAGUGUAAACUUUGUGCGCCUGCUUGAUUUUUUACCUUCUAUUCAGUUACUGAGAUUCAGUUUCUAUAAAACCAUAGAGUUUUCAGUCUCUAUGAAAAAUGUAGUAGUUUAAAGUACACUGUAAGUUUAACAUGAUUCAUUUUAGUAUUUGUCUGUUAUUGUAUUGCCUCAUGUUGAAUAUAAUGCUACCGGAUGUCAGAAUAAUACAGAGGUACAGAUUUUAUGGGAUCUGAUCACAGCUCUGGUGCAUUUAAAGAAA